GAUUGGUGAACGGCACCUCGGCUGACGCGUCGUUUAGAGCCCAUUGCGCUGCUCGCCGGCUUUCUGCCUCGGAGUCUAUUCAACCACAGCACGUGUUUCUCUCCUCGCUGCUCGCACGCUCUCGCAGCUGCAGCUUGCUUUUGGCUAUCGUCCUCGUGCAACAGUGCUAUGCGCCUCUGCAACGCUCGCGACUCUUAGACGCUGCCGGAUAGUUUUCUGAAGGGAAGAGCAAGCAUGGCACCCAACACCACGAGCGAUUUAGCAGCGACCGGUGUGCUUUAUGAGGACGACCAGCUAGAAGACAGCCCGGCGGUCGCUAGGAAAGCCGACAAAGUCGAGGCCAAAGAGCCGUUCAAAGCCGAAUGGAUUUGGCUGCACGUGAUUUUCAUCGCUGCUCUGCACGUCGGCUCGCUAUACGGGCUAUACCUUAUCUUUAGUUCGGCGAAAAUUCAAACGACGUUACUUGCGUUUAUCCUGUAUCCGGUCUGCAUCUUGGGAAUCACUGCCGGUGUACACAGACUUUGGUCUCAUCGAGCAUACAAAGCCAAAUGGCAACUCAGAGUUAUUCUUACAUUCUUCAAUACCAUUGCUUUCCAGCGAUCCGUUUUGACUUGGUCAAAAGUACAUCGACUUCAUCAUAAAUACAGUGACACUGAUGGUGAUCCACAUAACUCUAGGAGAGGCUUAUUUUUCUCGCACAUGGGCUGGGUAAUGAUGACCAAACAUCCCGAUAUAAUAGAGAAAGGAAAAGGAAUAGAUAUGAGUGACUUGGAAGCAGAUCCGAUACUUAGAUUCCAAGACAAGUACUAUUGGUACUUGAUGCCAUUGUGUUGCUUCAUUCUUCCAACUGUCGUACCAGUUUAUUUUUGGAAUGAGUCUUGGGUCAAUGGUUUCUUUAUACCAGGUGUUCUACGUUAUUUGUUUACCAUCCAUAUUACCGCGCUUGUUAAUUCCUUCGGCCACUUUUAUGGAAACAAACCUUAUGACAGAAAUCUUCAACCAACGCAGAAUAAAAGUGUAUCUCUCGUAACAUUGGGAGAAGGUUGGCACAACUACCAUCACACUUUCCCGUGGGAUUAUAAAACGUCCGAGUUGGGAGAUUAUGGAGUGAAUUUCACUAAUGCCUUCAUCGACUUUUUCGCGUGGGUAGGCUGGGCUUACGAUUUGAAAAGCGUUUCAAUGGAUAUGAUUAAGAAACGAGUCCAGAGAACUGGUGACGGAAGUCACGAACUUUGGGGCUGGGGUGAUAAAGAUAUUACGAAAGAAGAUAAAGAAGUAACAAUUAUUACUCGAAAAUCAGAAUAAUUGAAUAGACAAUUAGACAACUGAUGGAUUACUAAGAAUAUUGCAAAAGCUAACAAGUGGCAAAUGACUCAGUGAACGCUUACCUUUCAAAUUGAUUUUGAGAGAAUUUGAAAAAACAUUAUGUUUUAAAGUAGGAAACACGAUUUUUUACCUAUGGAAGAUGAAAUUAUGAUUACUGUAAACGAUUAUUUCGUUUUAAUGAUAGAAGCGUCUAUGAAAUCGAAUAUUACAUGUACUUUACAAACAUUGUAAUUACGUUUAUUGAUUUUUUAUUAACAGUCACAAAUUUUUCUGAUUGACUCGUGCUAAGUAUAAAAUCUAGCAAUUUUCAACUAUGUAAUGUACAUGUGAAUGGCAAUAAAAAAAAUAAUUCAUUUCAACCAAACGAAAUGUUAAUG